AUGUCUUGCGAAGUCGCCAACGCGUCACCGUUUGGUGAUCCGAAUGAGUGGGGAAAGGUUGAGAGUCCUGGCGGAGGUCUUGAUGCCAUCGUCAACUUCAAUGCUUCAUUUUUACCUCAGGAUGGUAAUACCGUCGAUCCGCAGCUCUUCAGCAACAGUCCAGCUCCCAACGAAUACCACCACAGCACAUACAACGUGCCGUCCAACGGCCUGGACCAGACCCUGUCUGCUGAGCCCUCCCCCUUCGGCGACUACCCAGCGGAUUUCAACCAAGCACCUAGCUCACCCUACUUUCCGUCCAUCGAACACCCUCCGCAGCAGAUCUACCACCCCUCGCCCCUUCGCAACAAUGCCUUUCGCCGCUCCGUCUCCGAGCCACCUGGCGGCCCAGAUCUCCAACAACCAGGUCCACCACCCAUGAUGUUCCACCGCGAACACCACUAUCUUGGCAAACCCAUGCCACGUCAAGCCGUCCAACUCAAAUCGCUUCCAAAGGCCAAGCAACAGCGCCCACACCCAUACCAGCGCGCCCACACCCGCCGCGUCAACGUACCAGAGCCAGGCCCACCAUUUCGUCCAGAACACCGCCGUGCGCAUACAUCUGGCGGUCGUACAGGUCCCACUUCCAGCCCCAUGAUGAUGAUGAUGCAGAUGCCGCAUCAGCAGCAGUACAUGCCUCAUGCGCCGAUGAUGCAGGAGCCACAGCAGCAGUUCGUGUCAUCGAGGGUUUGCACGCCAGUUCCGGAGAUGCCGCAGAUUGAUCCGGCGUUGAGCGGAUCGAGCACGCCAAUGCCAGCCUAUAUGCACAGCAGUCCGAGAAAUGCUGUGUCGAUCCCGUUGACGGUAGAUGAGUUGAGGAGUAUGAUCUUUGAGGCGGUGCAGAAGGCUGUGGGUGAGAAGGAGAAGAAGGAUAGUGUUGCUGGUGUGAGCCCGAGGAACAUGGCGGCGACGGUGGAGGAUAGAGAGGAGGCUGAGGCUGCGAAGACUGAGGAUGCGUAG